UUAUUUCCAGUGUCUGUGAUACCUAGUACUAGCGGACUAACGCUAAAAGAGGAAACAGAUCAAAUCUUGCUCGCUUCUAACAAGUCACUGUGUUAUUGGCAGCUGAGGACGUCUGGGUAACGUUACGUAGCUUACACAACUGUGUCAAUAGACCUGCAUUAUGAUGAAUAACACAGAGGGGAUUUACCACAGCUCUCAAACGGAGAACCUCCUCUUUGCAACCUUCUAUAUUGUCAUCUUCAUCCUCUCUGUUCCAAGCAAUGCCUUAGCACUUUGGGUGUUCUGCUUCCAUGAGAACCGCAACACCCCAUUCAAAGUGUUUCUGAAGCACCUGGCUAUAGCUGACGUCUCUUACGUCCUGGUGCUCCCGAUGCGGAUGAUCUACCAUAUGUCAGACUGUCACUGGCCUCUUGAGGAGAUGGCCUGUCGCGUGGUUGGCUUCCUGUUCUUCGUGAACCUCUACUGCAGCAUGUACUUUAUGACUUGCAUUAGUCUGGACCGCCUGCUGGCUUGUGUCUUACCACACAAGACCCAGAAUCUGAGAAAUACCAGGAAUGCCAAAGUGGUCUGUGCGAUCUUGUGGAUCAUGGUGACCAUUUCCAUGGCACCCCUCCUGUUCUCUCCAAAACAAGUAAUCAGACGAUUGGAUAAGUGGAAUGUGACAUCGUGCGAACAGCUGUACAUCGAAAAUUCUUCCAAUCCCACUGGUGCAGUGGUGUCGACUGCUGUCGCGUUUCUAAUACCUCUGGUCGUCAUGACUGUCUCUUACGUUCUUGUAUUUUGUAAAGUCCAAAGAAUGACCUUUCAGGAAAAGACGACAUCUCAGCGGAAGGCAUUGAGAUUGAUCGUGCUAACAGUGGUUAACUUUAUGAUCGCUUUUGUACCCUAUCACAUCAACCGAUUUGUCUACAUCAUACAGCACAAUGACAUGUCAAAGUCAGAAUCAGAAAGACAGUUGUUGCAUUUUGGAAAUCGGAUAACCUCAGCUUUAACAUGUGUCAGUGGCGUGUUGGACCCUGUUAUGUACUUCUUUUUGGCAAAAAAUUUCCAAGAGAUUCUGCUUCAGCUCUGUGGUCGAAACCCUGAAGAGGCGCAAUCCACAACAUCACAAACAGGCUCUGAUGCAAAUAGGGUUCCUCAGGGUGUAAUGUUUAAAGCUAAAGUAGAAGUUGGAAAGUAGAAGUGAAAAAAACUUGGUGUUAACAUUAUCACAUUUGGAUUUUUUCCUUCUGUAUUUUUAAUUGAUCUUCAUUUUGUCAGUUAGUUCUUGUCGUCCUGGUCAACAUAACAGAUGAAAAAAAUCUGAACUGUUUCUGUUUAACUCUCUUUAGGCAUUUAUUAUUAAGGAAAGGAUUAUUCAUAUAUUGUCAGAAAAUUCUUUUUGUUUAUAGGGCAGUACAACCCUUCAAAACAUCACAUGUGGUCAAAGCGCUCAAUGUGCACCCAACAACCCACACUUGUGGUUUUUGCACUUUACGUCUAAUCUAAGUGACGGCUUAAGUGUUGAGGAAAUGAAGACAGCAAGCGACUGAUGGGGAGAUUGAGUCACAAAACCAGUCUGACAAAAUACACCAUCUCCACAGUUUACAUCAAUGAAAUGUCAAAUGUUUGGCUUCAUAAUCACACAUAUUAAUAUGUGUGAAUAAAUUAUCAGAUUCACAUUC